GUACCGAAUCAUCCAGAUGAUUACGUACGAGACCACCUGGCGUGCGAUGAUGUGUUCUGCCAACUACUUGGGUGCAUCGGGCUUGGUGUGGAUGGUCUACGGCUUCUACAACAGGGGCUUCUACAGCACCCUCGACGCCCCAGACCUGUCGCAGUGGAGCUGCGAUGCGGCCAUGCUGCGCCAGAUGUCCAACAACGCGAUCUUCGCCACGAGCUUCAUGUGGGCCACGGACAGGGAGCACGUGAUCGACUGCGACAUGGACGGAGCCAUGACGACCACGUCGUUCAUGGAAGAGUACUACGAGAGGGCGGAGGAGCUCAGCACCGGCCAGACAGUGGCGCGGGGCGGGAGGAAUUACACGACGAACGCCCCGAGGGAGGCAGGGGCGCAGGCCGCGGAUGGCGCCUGCCUGUACGCCCUGGCCCUCUCCAAGCUCAUGGGCUUCGAGCCUGCCAACCUCGCGGCGACUCUCGACUACGCGAGCAAGCGCACGUACAACCUCUCGCAGUUCCAGGCGCGGAGCGCGGAGGCCUACGAGGACAUGAACCAGGUCCUGCAGAGCGCCAGGUUCUACGGGGUGAGCAACAGCCCCUUCGAGUUUCAGUGUGACAAUCUGCCCGAGGAUCGCAUCUGC